AUGAGAGGGUCUGCAGAAGAGUCGUAUUCCCUUCUCCCUUCCUAUUGUUAUGAAUUGGAGCGUACAAAUCCGGGAACUUUGACAUACAUUCAGACUGAUGCAGCCGACCACUUCUUAUAUUUUUUUAUGUCAAUUGGUGCAUGCAUACGAGGAUUUAAGUCGUCAAUGCGGCCCGUGAUUGCUGUUGAUGCUACCCAUUUGAAGUGUAAGUAUAAAGGUGUUUUGUUUGUUGCGACCGCAUUUGACGGAAAUCGCAACAUAUAUCCUGUUGCCUUUGGGAUUGGAGAUUUGGAGACGAAUGCAGCAUGGGAGUGGUUUUUGAGAAAAUUACAUUGUGCAAUUGGUGAUUGCUCGAAUCUUGUUGUCAUAUCUGAUCGCAAUGUUAGCAUACAACAUGGGUUGCAUAGAGUUUUUCCUGGGGCAAGCCAUGGUAUUUGCUUUUAUCACUUGAAGGGCAAUAUGAAAGCCUCAUUUCACUUGAAGCAACGGGAUCCGAUAUUGGGGUAUUUUGUAAGGGCAGCGAAGUCUUAUCGUCUAGCGGAGUUCAAACGUCACUUCUCGAUGAUAAACAAUGAGCGAGUGAGAACUUAUCUACUACGUGCAGGCGUUCAGAAGUGGUCUCGGGCCCACUGUGAUGGACGACGCUAUAAUGUGAUGACAACGAAUAUUGUGGAGUCCAUUAAUUCAGUUCUUCGUUUUGCAAGGAUGCUUCCGGUCCUACACUUGAUCGAUGAAAUCACAAAUUUACUUCUCACUUGGUUUAGUCAACGUCGAGAUUUAGCAAUGAAAUGUCAUUUUACAUUGUGCCCUGAUUUGGGUGAACAGAAGUUAAGGAAGAGGUUAGACGCUGCGUCAAGGAUGAAUGUGGUCAAAAUCAAUGAUGUCGAGUAUAAUGUUCUGGAUGGUGAUUUGAACGGUCUGGUGCACUUGGCAAACCGUAGUUGUACGUGCAGGAAGUUUGACUUGGAGCAACUCCCUUGCAAGCAUGCUAUUGCGGUAUGUUGGCACUUGAAUUUGAACCCCUACUCCUUUGCCUCUUCUUAUUAUACACGAGCUACAUGGGCAGCUGCAUAUGCUGAAUCUAUUUAUCCUGUACCACCUAAAGGCACAUGGGUUAUUCCCGAACAUUUGAACAAUGUCAAAAUCCUUCCUCCUGUUUGUAAGGUUAUGCCGGGCCGUCGCAAAAUGCAAAGAGUACCUUCCAAAGGAGAGGACUCCCGGCAAAAAAAAUGCUCAAGGUGUGGUGUGAAGGGCCACUACCGAAAUACAUGCAAACAAUCUGUCCCUCUCAAGAACUGA